AUGAAUAAUCCAUCAUCUAAUAUAAAUACAAAUAAUUUAGAUCGAACCAAUGAUGAUUUACAUUGGUUAUUAUUAAUAUGUGGUCAUGUAAUUACAGAAGAAUAUGAUUCUGAUGAACAAAAAACUAUACCUGAAGCUGUGAUGAAUUUUUCUAGUGAACAAGUUAAAUACUGUGAUUUAAAAAAAUGUGUUCAAAUAGCUCAACAUAUUCUUCAACAUCCACAAUUAGAUUUAACUGAUGAAAUAAUUCAAGGUGUUAGUCCUGUUACACAAUGUAUGGUUGCUGUAUUGAAAUUAUCUGAAAUUGAACGAGAACUAUGUAGUAAAGGUCGUUUUGAAUAUAUUAGUGUACAAGUUGCUGUUAGUCUUACAUGGUUUAUUCGACGAUUAGCUGCAAAUUAUUUGGGUUUCGAUGAACAAUCAUAUAAAGAUGUUAGUCAAACAUUAUCAGUAUUACUUGGUAAAGGAAGUGAAAUGUUAGAAUUUUUAACAAAUUAUUUUCUAUCAAAAGUUGUAACAAAUUUACAAAUGUGGGCAUCAGAAAGUGAUGUUAUUAAAGAAACAGCGGAUUUAUUUGUAACAUUAUCAAUAAAAAAAGAAUCAUCAUUAAUAAUAAUAAAAAAUGAAUUAUUUUGGACAUUAGCAAAUAAUGUUAUAUCAAAUCACAUGCCAAUACAAUUAAUUAAUGAAGAAUAUAAACGUUUAUUAAUUAAAGGUAUAACAUGUUCAUGUUUAAAUAAUUCGUCGGAUGAAUAUCGUUUACAUUUUGAUCGUUCCAUAUUUCAAAUUCUUAAUCAACGUUUACAAUCAAUUGUUGAAUCAAUUCAUACAUUAGUUGAACAAAUUAAAUUAAAUAAUACAAGUAAAUUACAUUGUACAACUGCAUUACAAACAUUUUAUAGUGAAAAUGUUUUAAGUCAAAUAAGUACAUUAAUUAAUUCAUAUUGUGGAUUAAUUGAAGGUGGUUCACGUUGUUCAUCAAUACAGAUAACAUAUUUAUUUGAACAUAGUCAACAAACAUUGCAAUAUAUACUUGAUUUAUUUGAUUUUUAUCAUAAUUAUAGUGAUCAAGUACAAAUUAUACUUGAAUUAUUUACUUUAUAUGCUGAACAUGUUUUAGUUUAUUUAAAUGAAAAUCAUACAAAAUUAUUUUAUACAUAUGUAUUAAGAUUAUUACAGAUAUUUACUAAAUGUAAUUAUGGAAAAAAGACAAAAGAAAUCAAUGCUGAUGAAGAUUUUAAUGGACAUAUUUAUACAUUAUUAAAUUGUUUAAACCAUCUUCUGGCAAAAGAUUUUAUUGAUUUUUCAGAUGAACCUUCAACAAAUACAGAAAUUAACGUUGGUAAUGUUGUUUUAUAUGGUUUAAUAAUUUGUUUACCAUUGAUUCGAUCAGAUAAUUUAUUAAAAAUUCCUUCAAUUAGUUUAUGUUAUUAUAAACUUGUUUCAUCAUUAUGUGAACAACAUUCCGAAUGUUUAUUUCGUUUACUUGAUACAGAACAAUUUUCAAUAUUUUUAUCAACAAUUAAAUUAGGUCUUGAUAAUUAUGAUAAUGAAAUAUGUAAAAUGUGUUUAGAAACAAUUCAAAGUUUAACAUUACAUAUAAUAAAACAACCAAAACAAUAUGAAAAUAAUGAAAAAAGUAAAUAUCUUGAACAUUUUCUUGAUUAUCUUUUACAAGAAAUUGUAACAACAACAACAACAUUAUCCGAUUUAUUUGAUACAUUAGCUGGAACAAUUUAUACAUUAAUAUGUGCAUAUCCAAAUCAAUUUUAUAAUUUUCUUGGACAAAUGAAACAACAAGAUGAUAAUUUAACAUCAAUUAUUGAUCGAUUUGUACAUGAUAUUGGACAAAAACAUGAUUAUAAUCGAAAAAUUAAAAUAUCAUUUACUGUUAAAUUUGAAACAUUUGUUACAGAUCUUAGGCGAAUUAUGAAAAAAUGA